UGGAGUCGCUGAAUGUAUCACUCCGCCCUUGUACACGCAACUGGUGCACACGCACGAACUUUUUACUGCUUUUUACCGAAAAUCUUGCAGAAACGGUAAAGGCCCGGCAGCUUUUAAGAUGAUUACAGACGUACAAUUAGCUAUAUUCUGCAACAUCCUGGGAGUUGGGCUGUUUUUCUUAGUAUUCCUCUUCCACUACAUAAAUGCCAACUACACCAAGUGAAGAAUGGGGAGAGUCGUUGAGGGAUGUUCGAAACUGUCUGACCUAACCCAUGUCGUUGGGGCAACGCGACAUUUGUACGUUUCUUUUUCACAUUUACAUUGCGAGAGAUAUGUCACUUUACUUGAAGAUGCCCAAACACUUCGUUACGUGUCACACCAUGGAUGACAUUUCUUCAAUUUUCUUUCUGUAUAAAUAUUCUAGAGAAUAAACUUGUACAUUUUCUUCUCA